AUGGGUCUUGAAGCCUGUUCUUGCGGAGGGCAUAAUACUUUUCCGGAUUGUACCGACAAAAACUGUCUGCUGAUGCUGUACGUCAUAAUAGUUCCAUGCUGUGUAAAAAGUUGUUUUCAGCAUCGCAAGUCUGAGUGGGUGAAAGUGACGUUGGAGCAAUCUUUGGAGACUGCUGUACAAAAGCAAGCCUCAACUCUUGAUUUGCGCAACCCGUAUAUGUCCUCUGGCUUACUUUUCACUCAGAACGAGCGUGAACAGCGUCAUUUGGUACUCACUCCAUUCAUUAAUUUGCUAAUUAGCCCUACAUCUUCGGAGAUGAUCCGCUCCACUUCUUCGACUGCCCAACCCCCACCCAUCCCGAAGAGGCGCGGCCAUACAGCGUCUAUCUCCUCUGAUUCGGCCACUCUGUCCACUCCUGUAGGCCGUCGUCUCGACCGUCGGCUUGACGAUGAAGCGACCUCGAAAUGUGGCCUAGACCCGCGUCCAAUGACCGGAUCAAACGACGGUCGUUCUGUGGUGCCUUGGCAGACGGACGACUCUCCCUCUGUACUGGCCCAUCCGGACGCUCGACUCUCCCGACCUACAGACCUCGGCCUACAGGAUGGGCGUCCAACUGGCACUGGCCGGUGUGAAGACAAGACGUUGUCUUCUCAAUUCCAACAGCGCCAGUUGCCAGACAGCAGUUCUGAGACUGCGGCUCUUCUGGAGGCGGCGGAGGCAGCUGCGCUCAAGAGUUCGUCCGCUCUGGCCCACGAUGCGCCCCAGUGGGUGCCGCCAAGCCUGGCCGGACUGAGCAAGGCAGAGAAGUCUGGCGCAACGAUGACACCGGCACUGACGACAGUCGGACCUUCCAGCUCGCAUGAAGACCAAGUGCAGACGGCAUCGCGAUGCUAUCGCGAACGCAGACGCCACACGACGCCGCAAUUCCCCAUCACCAACGCGCUGUUGUUGCGUCAGGCAACAGAGGCUGCUGAGAGGUUACAGCCUGUGGAGGAUGAGAACAGAAGACCGACAGACAGUGUCGCCAACCCGACAACCGGACAGGGUGUAGACGUUGGUGUUAGACCCUACAGACAGGCAUCAUUGCAACAACACACAGUAUCCAUCGACAGUCGGGAGUUGGAGUGGCUUCGGGCGAAACAGCGCUCACAUCGAAAGCAUUUAGGUCUGUUGCUUGAUUUGUAUGCUUAUUGA